AUGGAAGGCAAAAUAAAGCUUAGAAUAGAAGAUGAAUUAAAAUUAUCUGGCUCGGAACAAUUAACACUCGCUACUCGCGGUUACACGAUCAUUAAAAAAGUAAAUGAAGGAUCUUACGCAAAGGUUUACCUGGCGGAAUACAAGAAUCCCAAUAAGAACAGCAAAUUAUCGACUCUCGCUUGUAAAGUUAUUGAUACAAAUACAGCCCCUAAAGAUUUUGUUAAGAAAUUUCUACCCCGAGAAAUCGACAUGUUGAUAAAACUUAAUCAUCCGCAUUUAGUACACACUCAUAGUAUCUUUCAGAGGAGAUACAAGUAUUUUAUAUUUAUGAGAUAUAUGGAGUGUGGAGAUUUACUGGAACAUAUUUUACAUAAAGGGGCAGUUCACGAAGAUCAAGCAAGGAUCUGGACUAGACAACUUGCUCUAGCCAUACAAUAUAUGCACGAAUUAGAAAUUGCCCACAGGGAUAUUAAAUGCGAAAAUGUCCUAUUGACUGCCAAUCAAAAUGCAAAACUAUCCGAUUUUGGUUUUGCGAGGUUGUGUGUUGAUACAAAAUUAAGAGAUAUAUCUAGUGAUACAUUUUGUGGAUCGCUGUCUUAUACGGCUCCUGAAAUUUUACAAGGCACUCCCUACUUGCCAAAGCCUACAGAUAUUUGGUCUCUCGGCAUCGUUUUAUACGUUAUGUUAAACAGAGCGAUGCCAUUUGAAGAAAAGCACAUUAAACAGCUUUAUCAAGCACAAAUAAAUAAAAACUGGAGAUUUCGAACUCGAUAUGUUGAUUCUCUAUCGGAAAAAUGCAAAAGAAUUGUAACCUUAAUGUUAGAACCAAAUUGUCAGCGCAGAAUUAGCAUCGAUCACAUUAUAAACAGUGAAUGGAUUGCUAUGGAUUCAAGGCUGCUUGAAUGGACUCCUCAAGAAACAAUAGCAUAUAAAAAAGCGCGGGAAGAAAAAAAAAUUUUGUUUAAAUCACUAGAAUCAUCUCAAGACACUCCGGAGAAGGAGCGAAUACCUAACCCAUCCAUUAAGCCAACGUGCGACGUUGGCGGCGGUUCCACGUCUUCUUAG